CUCAGUUUGCAUGUAUAUGCUGUAAACGCAGCCCAAAUGACAUCACAUUGCUGCAGUGCUGCACUGUCCAUGAAAGGUGUCAGUCGUUUCCUCUGAUAACAAGAAUGUGGCCACCGGUCACUUGGCUCUGCACUGCUCCAGACAUCAUGGCGUGACAACAUGCAUUCAUUUAUAUCGGGCUCUUAUUACGCAGGUGGACGCCUGCAUGAGGAGUAGAGGCGCAUUUUCAAAGGCUGCCUGUUCUCUAGGACACAGCAAGAUUUCCUGCCACAUCCCACAUUGCGUUGUUGAAGGAGCAGGAAAGACCAAGUCGUGUAUGAAAACUAAUUAAUCGUAUGGGUAUGCAUAGUGUUAGAGGAGAAAGAAAAAAACGGUCUCAGUGCAUGGGUGGGAUUCCUUCAUUGCGCUUUAUACUGGGGAAGUUAUAACAACAAAUAGCUACAGUAAUGGCAAACAACUGCCAGUAAAACAGGCGUGAUAACGGCGCUGUAGUGCUGUAAUUACUAGAAAACUGGUGUCGACGGAGAGUUUUCGACCUUCGUGAUUUUUGACGGACUUGAAAGCCUGACGCCAACCUUCAGAGGCUUUUUCAAGAGCGCAACCUAUCGCUUGAAAACUGCAGUUUUCCAUCCUGACACCAUCUGUACCGCAGUUUAUAACAAGCGUGAGGUUUAUUGGAAAUUUAAUCCACCGUAUUCCUGCGUUACAAACCCGUAUGCGGGGGACUUGAUACGACCACGUAGGCUACUGACGCUUUAACCUUUUUGAACACGGCUCGGACGCAAGCCUCGGACUCUCCUGAGUUUUUGGAUUUUGGGAUUUCGGCUUUACAUUUUCUGCCUUUACGCCUCAAUCGGAUCGUACUGGGAUUUAAGGUGGGGUUUUAUCCCGACGCAGGUAACUAGAAGAUAUCCCACGGUCUCUUGUUGAUGACACUUCAGCAGCUUUUGUCGCUCAUCCAGUCCGUUGGAUUUUUCAGCACAAGCCCGUACCAGCCUAAUGAGAAGGUUUUACGCGUGAAUAUGGAAUAAAUGAACUCCCGUUACCGUCUGUGAUUCGUUGUGAAUUUAUCCAGUGAGACAAGUGUGUGGACGGCUGAAAUCAUGUGCAAUAGGAUCAACCAUUCGGCAUCUGCUUUAUUAGUCUCACUUUUGGAUCCUGAAAUCCAUGGAACCAAAUGAUAGAGACAGCCCCACAGUAAGAGAAAUUAAGGAUGCUGUUAGAGAGAACCGGGAGAAAACAGAUACUUCAGAGACCCUGAACCUCCCUCACAUGGAUAGCGCCUGCCAUAAGAGAAUCUACGACCGCCUCACCUCAGAGAUUGUGCCCAGUGUAGAGCAGGAUGGAGCCACAGAAAAAACUGCUUUGCCUAAGCUCGUGAAUGAAGAAGUGGCAUCAUACAUGAUAAAGGACGGCCCUGGAUUGCAACCCACUUGCAUGAUGGAAGACUCACUGCUUUGAAGUGAACCCUGUGAGGAGCAUCCAAAACGACACAAUAUUCUGUUGGUGUUUUCCUGUGACACCAGUGGGAGUCGCCUGCCUCAGCUCUGACUCUCUGACCGCCAGCUGAUUGGGAUGCUGAUGUGAAACCUGCUAUGGAGACUGGGGCUUGAUAUCUGGACCUGGAAGCUGAUCAACAAUGGACCGGCUGGUUGUGUGUGUGCUAUUGUGUGCAGCUCUGGUGAAGGGAUACAGCUGCCCUGGCCGCUGCAUCUGCCAGCACCUCUCCCCCACUCUGACUCUGCUCUGUGCUAAGACUGGCCUGUUGUUCGUACCCCCCACCAUCGACCGCAAGACUGUCGAGCUGCGACUCACAGACAACUUCAUCACCAUCAUCCGCAGGAAAGACUUUUUCAACAUGACUAGUUUGGUCCACCUCACCUUGUCCCGUAACACCAUCAGCCAGAUCACCCCCCAUGCCUUUGUCGGCCUACGAUCCCUGCGGGCGCUCCACAUGGAUGGAAACCGCCUCAGUGUGAUAAAGAGCGACCACUUUAAAGGCCUCAUCAACCUGCGACACCUCAUCCUGGGAAACAACCAGAUCCACCAAGUGGCCCCCACCUCCUUUGAUGAGUUUGUCGCCACCAUAGAGGACUUGGAUCUUUCCAAUAACAACCUGCGCGGCCUUCCCUGGGAAGCCAUAGCCAGAAUGACCAACAUUAACACGCUCACAUUGGACCACAACCUGAUUGACCACAUUGGAGCAGGGACUUUUACGCUGCUCACCAAACUGGUCCGCCUGGACAUGACCUCUAACAGGUUGCAGAAGCUGCCGCCAGACAGCCUGUUCCAGCACGCACAGGUCCUGUCUGACGCCAAGGGCUCCAGCUCCACCACUCUGGCUGUGAGCUUUGGUGGAAACCCUCUUCACUGUAACUGUGAGCUGCUGUGGCUCCGCAGGCUGACAAGAGAGGAUGAUCUGGAGACCUGUGCUUCGCCAGAGCACCUCAUGGACAAGUAUUUCUGGUCCAUCCAAGAGGAGGAGUUUAUCUGUGACCCUCCGCUGAUCACCAAACAUCUUUCCACUAAGCCCUUUGUGAUGGAAGGGCAGGGUGUGACUCUUAAAUGCAAGGCCGUGGGUGAUCCAGACCCAGAUAUUCACUGGCGGUCCCCCGACGGCAAGCUGGUGCAUAAUAACUCCCGCACCAUCCUGUAUGAUAAUGGCACCCUUGAUAUUCUCAUCACCACGCUGAAGGACAGCGGGGCAUUUAAUUGUGUGGCAUCCAAUGCCGCAGGCAUCGCCACAGCUGCUGUUGAGAUCAACAUGAUCCCCUUACCCUUGUUUGUUAACAACACAGGCCACAUGCGUGAGGACCCCGGCCUCUCAGACAUCACCACCUCCUCCAAAUCUGGCAAUGACACCAAGGGCUAUGACAAGCAGGACAGGAGGGUGAUGGUCACCGAGCUGACCUCCUCCACCGCUGUGAUCCGUUGGCCAUCUGAGCGCCACAUCCCCGGCAUCAGGAUGUACCAGAUUCAGUACAAUAGCACGGCAGAUGAUACUUUGGUGUACAGAAUGAUCCCAUCUACCAGCAAGAACUUCUUAAUCAAUGAUCUGGCCGCAGGGCGGGAGUAUGACCUUUGUGUGCUGGCGGUUUACGACGACGGCAUCACAUCAUUAACAGCCACACGUGUGGUUGGCUGUGUGCAGUUCCACACGGCCAGCGAGGUCAGCCAGUGCCGCUUCAUGCACAGCCAGUUCCUAGGAGGCACUAUGAUCAUCAUUAUUGGUGGUAUAAUUGUUGCUUCAGUGCUGGUUUUCAUUAUCAUCCUGAUGAUCCGUUACAAAGCCUACAGCAGCCCAGAGGACAGCAAGACCAAGGUCAGCUCCAGCAUGCACUCCCAGACCAAUGGCAGCCAACAGCGGCUCCAGCACUCUGCCUCCAAGCAGCCCUCUGAUGAGGGCCAGCAUGAAGCCCUACCGUCCAAAGAGUGCAUGGCGCUGGUGCUGAGGGUGGACAAUGAGAAGAGGGAGGAUCCAGCAGCCACCACUGCCAUCCUGGAGGUGGAGCUGCCUCCCCUGACUGUAGACAAGAUGAAGAGAAGAACCAGCCUAGAUGCACAGCGCUCUGGCCCCCCAUCUGAGGACACGCAGACGGACAGUAGCCUGACGGGCUCCACCAUGUCCCUGUGUCUCAUAGGCCCCAAUGCUGGCACUAAGGAGGCUCCCAGGCUCAAGGACAAGAAAAGUGCCCUGGCCAACAUGGGAUUGCUCCCUAAUGAGCUGGCACGAACUAGGCACAGAUUCUCGUUUGACGGAGGGGAUUACUCCAUUUUUCAGAGUCAUAGUUACCCACGCAGAGCGAGGACGAGGUGGCACAAGUCCACCAACCAGCUCAACAUGGAGUCAUCGCCGCUCACCAACAGGAGAGUUACGUUCAGCAGCACUGAGUGGAUGCUUGAGAGUACAGUCUGAGGAAAACAGUGUAGCUGGAAAAAAACUCCGGCUCAGCCACACACAAACAUACACAUGUAAAAACACAAAUAUGUCUACAUGCCAUAUAAUACACACUUUUCUCUUGCGCACAGCAAAUGAUAAACACAAGCACAUUUACUUACACAUGCAAACUUUCUGUGAGUUGCUGGAGAAGAACACAGUCUCCCUUCAUCCUGCCUCCCCAUCAUACUCCCAGAGAGGUUUGUUGGCCAUGUCCUUUCUUUAUGCAGCAGUGCCUUAUUCUAAAAAAUGUACGAAUGGAGGAUGCUGCUCACUGUAGUCAUAAACUUUCCUCUCUAUCAUUGCCUCCCACCCUGAUAAUGGGAAGAAUUUUUUUGGAUUUUUAAUUUUCUCCGUUUUCUGUGACAUGCCAAGGGAGUGUGGCGUUUGGAUGUGACUGUUUAACUGUUUAAGAAAAAAACAUUUCAUCAUAACUGUAAAGUGGACAGCCAGGUAUCCUGUUAUGUCAAUCAUGUUUUGGGUUCUUUCAAAAAAAAAAACGUUUGCACAGAAGACACGAGAUACAAGGACAAGUAUCACCACCAGUCUAUACAAUAAUAAUUAUAAAAAAAGAACAGGAUUUUGCACAUGCCAAUUUCUAAUGUUAGCGUAGAGAGGAUGGACCUGGAAACCAACUGUGGAUUCCUCUUUGAUGGUCGGACUGUAUGAUGUUAAAUAGGUAUUGUUCCAGAUGUGACUGUAUAUUAAUCGGUACUGUAUCUGGCUGGUCUAGAUAAAAAGACAACCAACAAAAAAGACAUAUAUAUAAGUAUAUUAAAACAUUGGUGUAUGUGUACUAACUAUGUAAGUAAGUCAUAUGUCACAUGACUUUUUACAAAGCAUUUGGGUGUUGGCUGCAAGUUUUUACAUUAAAAACCUGUGUCAUCACACCUCGCCCUAUUUAGUAUGUCAAAGUUUGGAUCAUUUAUCCCCUCACGAAGGGUAUUAAAUUUUUUGUGUGGGUUAACUGUA